AUGGCGGCCUCCGGUGACAGCUCGGGGAGCUCCGUGAGGAGGAGACGCGGCGGCGGCGGCGGGGAGACGGAGCCCGCUGACACCGGGGAGGACACCGGGGAGGACACCGGGGGGGACACCGGGGAGGACACCGGGGGGGACACCGGGCCUCCGUCGCUCCGGACCGGGACCUACUGGCUCACGCGCAUUGUGCUGCUGCGCGCCGUCGCUUUUAUUUACCUCGUGGCGUUCAGCGUGGCGUACCACCAGAACAAGCAGCUGAUCGGCGAGCGCGGCCUGAUGCCGUGCGGCGACUACCUGAGGAGCGUGAAGCGCUACGUGGGCGGCAGGAUCGGCGCGGCCGCCUUCGCCUACGCGCCCACCGUCCUCUGGCUCGUGGACUGGGGCGACAUGGACGCCAACCUGGACGGCGUCGCGCUGGCGGGGAUGGCGCUGGCCGCGUUCGUCCUCGUGACGGGGAUGGCCAACAUGGUUGUCAUGGUUACGCUGUGGGGGCUCUACCACUCGCUGGUCGGCGUGGGACAGCUGUGGUACUCCUUCGGUUGGGAGAGCCAGCUGCUGGAGACGGGCUUCCUGGCCGUGUUCCUGGUCCCGGUGUGGACUCUGUCCCGGGUUCCCCGCCGCUGCCCACCCUCCCUCGUCUGCAUCUGGACCUUCCGGUGGCUCAUUGUUCGCAUCAUGCUGGGAGCGGGUCUCAUAAAAAUCCGAGGUGACAAAUGCUGGAGAGACCUCACCUGCAUGGACUACCACUACGAGACCCAGCCGGUUCCCAGCCCCAUGUCCUACUACAUGCACAGCUCCCCGUGGUGGGUUCACCGCGCCGAGACGUUCUCCAACCACCUCAUCGAGCUCCUCUUCCCGCUCUUCACCUUCUUGGGCCGGCGGAUGCGGAGCUUCAACGGAGGGAUCCAGAUCCUGUUCCAGGUGGUUCUGAUCGUGAGCGGGAACCUCAGUUUCCUCAACUGGCUGACCAUCGUUCCCAGUCUGGCCUCUUUCGACGACGCGGCGCUGGCCUUCUUGUUCCACUCUGGGGGCGGAGCCAAGCAGGCGGUGCUCCAGAUACAGAGCGAGGAUGCGGCCGGACUCGCCCCCAAACCCACCAAAGGUAUGCUGAUGCGCCGCGUGGUGAACUUCUCUCUGGGCGUUCUGAUUGGCUGCCUGAGCGUUCCCGUGGUGAUGAACCUGUUCAGCUCCAAGCAGGUGAUGAACACGUCCUUCGACCCACUGCGCAUCGUCAACACCUACGGGGCCUUCGGCAGCAUCACCAAGCAGCGCACCGAGGUGGUCUUCCAGGGGACCCUGAGCCCGGACCCCCAGGACCCAGCGGCGCUGUGGGAGGAGUACCAGUUCCCGUGUAAGCCCGGCGACGUGUCCCGCCGGCCCUGCCUCGUCACGCCGUACCACUACCGGCUGGACUGGCUCAUGUGGUUCGCUGCUUUCCAGACCUACGAGCAGAGCGAGUGGGUGAUCCACAUCGCCGGACGUCUGCUGUCCAAUGACAGCGCGGUGCUGUCACUGCUCGACCACAACCCCUUCAGAGGCGGAGCACCUCCCAGGUGGGUUCGAGGAGAACACUUCCGGUACCGGUUCAGCCAGCCGGGCAGCGCCAGCGCGGCGGAGGGGAAGUGGUGGCUGAGGAGACGCAUCGGGGCCUACUUCCCCCCCGUGGACCUGGAGGGUCUCAGGGGCUACUUCCAGUCCCGGAGCUGGCCGCACCCGCACCUAAAGCCCACCGGAACCUGAAGCCCACCGGGACCUAAAGCCCACCGGGACCUGAAGCCCACCGGGACCUGAAGCCCACCAGGACCUAAAGCCCACCGGGACCUGAAGCCCACCGGGACCUGAAGCCCACCAGGACCUGAAGCCCAAACAGGACCUAAAGCCCACCAGGACCUGAAGCCCAAACAGGACCUAAAGCCCACCAGGACCUGAAGCCCAAACAGGACCUAAAGCCCACCAGGACCUAAAGCCCACCAGGACCUGAAGCCCAAACAGGACCUAAAGCCCACCAGGACCUGAAGCCCACCAGGACCUGAAGCCCAAACAGGACCUGAAGCCCACCAGGACCUGAAGCCCACCAGGACCUGAAGCCCAAACAGGACCUGAAGCCCACCGGGACCUAAAGCCCACCAGGAUCUAAAGCCCACCAGGAUCUAAAGCCCACCAGGACCUGAAGCCCAAACAGGACCUAAAGCCCACCAGGACCUGAAGCCCAAACAGGACCUGAAGCCCAAACAGGACCUGAAGCCCAAACAGGACCUGAAGCCCGACCAGGACCUAAAGCCCACCAGGACCUGAAGCCCACCAGGACCUAAAGCCCACCAGGACCUGAAGCCCAAACAGGACCUAAAGCCCACCAGGACCUGAAGACCUGAAGACCUUGACUAUGGUAUUAAAAGGGAAAUCCGGCAGUUUUUAUUGUGCUGGUGUGGAACACGGACCAUGGACGGCCAUCGGGUGUCUUUAGUUUAAUUUUAUAUAUAUAUAUUUAUAUGUAUAUAUUUAUAUGUAUGUAUAUAUAUUUAUAUGUAUAUAUAUUUAUAAUGUAUAUAUAUAAAUAGGGGGUGUCGUUCUCCAGCUGAUUCACGUCACCUGGGCUUUUGUGCUCCUCACUCUGUACUGAGUCACGUGAUUAAUGAGGAGGGCGUUCCUCCAGAGCCGUACAUCUUCAUCAGUGACCACAUCAAUAAUAAAUCACCUUCUGGCCAGAUCCUCCUCAAAUUGAAGAAACAUCAAUAAACAUUUAUUUUAUAUACUUUA